CCCAAUCGUCCAGAUGAGGCCCCUGGCGCUAGUGAGUAAACUAGUCUCUUGAAUGGAGGAAAGUUUCGCUCAAUUAGCUUCUGCUCAGAAGCUAAAUUGACUUCUGCGAGCUUUUAUUGACACCAGUCGGUGGUAAAACCAAGUUUUGCUGGUUGCCUUCUGUAGUCCGUGAUGCGUCACAACAGAUAAAUAAAGUCUUCAUCCUGUCCACUGGCUGACAGCAAGCACAAGGCUGCCUUUCAGAUUCACAUGAAAGAAGCCUUGUGGCUGAAAGAAUGAAGUGGAUGAAUGAAGAAAAGAUCAUGAAAAGGAAAUAGAGUGCACAAACCUCCACAGGGUCAAACUCUAAAUAAAUAAAUAAAAAAUCUGUGGCCUUCCAGCUGUGAGGAGACUGAAGGGCAGACCCAGGACCCGGUGGAGAUGAAACAUUGGCUGAAGGCGCUGUUGAAACGGGAGUCUGCGCUCAGUGUUAACCCUCCCAGUACAAAACCUGGAGGAGAGAUUUCUGUGGACAUAUGAGCGGCGCUGGAUCAACGGUGUCAGACAAUGUUCUUCUGGGCUCCCUGAGGAUCAAGGACUCAGUGCAGAACAAAAGGCCUGUGCUUUUUAUGUAAGAGCGCUUUCAAAAUCAGAAGCUGCCAAAUCCAUCAAUCACCUGGGACGCAGGCACGCCCACGUCACACAGCAAACUGGACCAAGCGGGAAACCAAAGAUCCCACCAAAGUCUCUGCUUCAGUCUCGUCUCUCGCGCCUGAAAGUGCCUCAUGCUUGGAGUUCACCACUACUUGGAAAUGAAUUAUGGCACCAAAGAGACUGGAAGUGACGCUCAGUCCUCCUUACACUUGUGGCGGAACACAGUGUCAUCGAUCCACUGGCGGUAGUUGGCUACGGCUGUGUAAAUCCCAGGAAACUGACCCAGGGCGCAACCUUUGCCCCAGGACACCAAGCCAUAGACCCGACCGUCACAGACCAGCGGGCCCCCAGAGUCCCCCUAGCAAAGCAGGGGAGGAACAAAAGCAAGGAACAUUAUGCACAAGAAUCAUCGGAGGCCAGGAAGUAGUGCCAAAUUCUGUCAAGCAUCAGGCCUCUGUUCAGUUUCUCGGGAGACACUACUGCGGAGGAACGCUGGUGCAUCCCGAGUGGGUGCUGUCUGCUGCCCACUGCUGGAUACCGUCCAAGUUGAUGAGAGUGGUUUUGGGUGAACACAAUCUGAAAAAGAAAGAGGGUUACGAACAGAUCUUCAACGUAUCGAAAAUCUUUGUUCACUUCAACUACCAGUACAAGACAUUCGACAAUGACAUCAUGCUCAUAAAGCUGAGUAAGCCUGUGAUGCUGAACCACAAAAUCCAGCCGGCCGCUCUGCCAGACCACAGCAGGCCGAGCCUGUGGAAUGACCUGUGCACAGUGAGCGGCUGGGGUGUCACGCGGGUUUUUAGUUUCUACCUCUCCAAUGUGCUGCAUGCUGUGGACGUCAGGGUGCAGCCCUUCUGCAAGUAUUACUACUGGGGCAGGAUCACCCCAAACAUGCUGUGCGCUGGCUCACCACUGGGCGGAAAAGAUUCUUGUCAGGGCGACUCUGGCGGCCCUCUGAUGUGUAACGGCUUCUUGGAGGGCAUCGUGUCCUGGGGCAUCGGCUGUGCCAGCCGCUACUACCCCGGCGUCUACACCAGAGUGAGAAACUACCACGACUGGAUCCAGUGGGUCAUUAACAAUUACUGAAGCCUCCAUCCAGCUGCAAGAUGACUCGCGCAAAUACGUUGAUGAUUAAACAUCAUCACAACAUCAAAUGUUUUUUCUCGUGUUGCACCACAAACUGUUGUCGAAGUCUCUCAUGGUUGUUGUGAUCUCACAUACUAUAACGAAAACAAUGCGAUAAUGGAAAUGUUUCAAGUUGAAUCUGAUGCUCUCUCAUUCUCCUCCAAACUCCACAGAAGAACUGACAAGAGUGUCUGUCUGUAGUCUUGUGAUGGUUUCAAGAUGAACCGAUGGCUCAUUGCUGCACAUGCCCAGUUCACUCUGGGCCCUGCUAGUGGAAAUGUGAUCCUCUGACGUCAGUAUUUGAUGCACAAACUUGCACCAUGUUGUCAGCCGUGGUCCUUUGUUGGGUUCGACGGUCUUCCUGCAAGGAAUAGAUAAAUUGUUUAUUCAGCAAAGUGACACAUACCUCGAGCCUCAAAACCAAACGUGUCCAGUUCAGGUGACGAAAGUCAAGUUGAACGUUGCUGACCUUCGCUUGUAGUGCCACUAUUUUCCAGAAGAUGGUGCAAUUGACUCUUGCAUCCGCAGAAGGCUUUUAGUUUAAAAUGAUACAGUCUGCAUUCAUGAGUCCUGCUUCAGAUUUGGCAUAUCUUGAGAAGAGCUUUCAGAGAAGUCCAGAGCUGUGUCACCUUUUGCGUCAACAAAAUUCAUGCCAA